CUCUGGGACUAUCGCCAGGGUCCAGAAUCAACCGCAACUUCUCAGGUUACCGAGGGCAGACAAGGGGCAGGGCCAGGGCACCAGCAGAGGAGAAAGAGCUUAGCUGGCCAAGCUGAAGAGGAGAGAGGUCAUCAGGGACUACCAGAUCAUGGCAGCAGCGACCGCCUGGAUCCUGGCACAGAAAAAGAUAUCCAGCAACUUAAAGUACUCAGCUGUGUGGGAUAUUGCAUAAAUCCUGGAAGACUGUGAUAAAGUGGCAAUGUCUCGAGAACCCACCCCACCUCUCCCUGGAGAUAUGUCUACUGGUCCUAUAGCAGAAAGCUGGUGUUAUACACAGGUUAAAGUAGUAAAAUUUUCCUACAUGUGGACGAUUAAUAACUUCAGUUUUUGUCGAGAGGAAAUGGGUGAAGUGUUAAAAAGUUCAACAUUCUCAUCUAGCCCCAGUGACAAAAUGAAAUGGUGCCUGAGGGUAAAUCCAAAGGGAUUAGAUGAUGAAAGUAAAGACUACUUGUCCUUAUAUUUGCUUUUAGUCAGCUGCCCAAAAAGUGAAGUUCGAGCAAAAUUCAAAUUUUCCCUUCUGAACGCUAAAAGGGAAGAGACAAAAGCAAUGGAAAGCCAAAGAGCAUAUCGAUUUGUACAAGGGAAAGACUGGGGUUUUAAAAAAUUCAUUCGAAGGGAUUUUUUGCUUGAUGAAGCUAAUGGUCUUUUACCAGAUGACAAGCUUACAUUAUUUUGUGAGGUGAGUGUGGUCCAAGAUUCAGUAAAUAUAUCAGGACAUACUAAUACAAAUACUUUGAAGGUGCCUGAAUGUCGACUAGCAGAAGAUUUAGGUAAUCUCUGGGAAAACACACGAUUUACAGAUUGCAGUUUUUUUGUGAGAGGACAAGAAUUUAAAGCGCAUAAAUCUGUACUUGCAGCUCGAUCCCCAGUUUUUAAUGCAAUGUUUGAACAUGAAAUGGAAGAAAGCAAAAAGAAUCGAGUGGAAAUAAAUGAUGUAGACCCUGAGGUUUUUAAAGAAAUGAUGAGAUUCAUUUACACAGGGAAAGCGCCAAACCUUGACAAAAUGGCUGACAACUUGUUGGCAGCUGCAGACAAAUAUGCACUGGAACGGCUGAAGGUCAUGUGUGAAGAAGCUUUGUGUAGUAACCUCUCAGUAGAAAACGUUGCUGAUACCCUUGUCCUUGCAGAUUUGCACAGUGCAGAACAGUUGAAAGCACAAGCCAUAGACUUUAUUAAUAGGUGCAGUGUACUUCGACAGCUUGGGUGUAAAGAUGGGAAAAACUGGAACAGCAACCAAGCAACGGACAUAAUGGAAACGUCAGGGUGGAAGUCCAUGAUUCAGUCUCAUCCCCAUUUAGUAGCAGAAGCCUUCAGAGCACUAGCAUCUGCACAGUGUCCACAGUUUGGCAUUCCACGCAAACGGCUAAAACAGUCCUGAAAUCUUCCAUGAACUGUAGAAAAAUGGAAUUGACUUUUACUCCUCCAGGUCCAGAAGGAUUCUAAUAUACAAACCAUAAGCAAGAGUUGUUUCUGUUGUCUAGUCCACAAACAGAAGCUGAAAAAGCGUAUUGCUUGCAUUUCAGGUGGAUAAUUUAUGGUUUAUUCUUCAGCUUUAAAUUAGACUGAUUAUACUUUAAUUCACUUCAAGGCCUUAAUCUUCAGUGACUUCUCUUGUUCAUAUAAUACUUUAAUUUUUUUAUUGUGCCUUGUCAUUUUGACCAAGGCUAUGCCAGAUUGCACUAGCUCCAUAAUGCAGUAAUAUUGAUAACUGAAGAUGAUAAGUUUCAAAAGGAUCUUCCAUUAGUUUGAGAAAAGCAAAAUGAAUUUUAUAGGGUUUGUCGUAUGCUAUCUCAAAGUUUAAAACUAGGUUCUCCUUAAAAGCACUUGUAUUGGAGAUUACUGGUAAUAUUUCCAAUCUAAGUUCUGUAAAUACAGGAGAACCUUCUUACCUUCAAGGUAAGUUGUGGCAAUACACUGCUUCAAUUCUAAUUUAUUUUUCAUUUCAGAGGGCAAAUAUGCAAUGAAUUGGCCCAAAUUUUUAGUAAAAUUUGUGAUGUUUGUCUAUAUGUUAAUUGUCCAGCAAACUAAGAGAAGCAUAACAAACCUUUGUUUGUGUUUCUUUGUGGGUUUAUCCAAGUUUACAAUGAUUGAGAACUGAUUGAGGUUAAGGUUUCAAUAAGAAAGCAUGUUUUGUGCUGAAUUAAUUUUUUUUAAUUUAUAGUGACCUACAUUUAUAUGAAGAAUUCUGUAUAUGUUAAAAGUAAGGAUGACCAAAUGUAAAUUAAUGAGUGGGCCAAUUAAGAAAGAUAUAUAUGCACUUUUAAUGUGUAACUUUUGUAUGCUCAGUGGUACAUAUAUUUUUUUGCUUUUGAGGAAAUUAAUAAGGUAUAAUUAAUUGUGUCUUAACUUUUGAAAGAAUUUUUAAAGACAGAUGGAGGUAACUGGGAUGUUUGUGAUAAUAGAUAAGAAAGAUAUCCUUGAUUAUAGUUAAAUUGGUUUGAAUUUCAGAUAUUCAUUAUUGAAUUUACUCCUGUUUUAUCAUACUUUGGAGAAAGCACCCGAACAGCAGACGAAUCCUGGACAGUCCACUCUCCUAAAAACAAUGAACUGAUAUUAUUUGCAGACCAAAGGAGAGAACCCUUAGAAAUAUGUCAGACCACACUCUAACCCGUUUUUUCCCCCUAGCUUUCUCUUUUCUCUUUCAGUUACUGUACUAACAUUGUGGGUGAUAUUGAAAUUCUGCGUAAUGUGAACAGGAUAAACUAUUUAUAAACUGCUUUUCAUGGGCCAGUUCUUUAUUAUAAAUGAAUUUUUGCUUUAAACACAUAUGCAUGUUCAGUGUUUGAUAGCUCUGUUCACAGUGAAGGUCUGUUCUGGUGCAUUGUCCCAGAGAAGUAGGAGUGAUCAGUGACAAGUUGCUGCAUCUGCUUGCGUGCAACAGUGACAACAUCCUUCUUAGGCAAGACUUAUAUUUGAGCACAACGAAAAAAAUGUGUCACUGGAAAAAAAAAUGCAGAUACCUAUAUAUUUGCAUAUAUAACUUUAAUCUCCCAAUUAAAAUUUGUAUAAUUUGUUUAGUUUUUGAAUUCAGGACAAAAGGAAAAAAGUGAAGCCUGAGAUUUUAAAAUAGAUUUUAUUUUUGUUAUCUGUUAGGUACUCACUGAAGCAGUCCUAAUAUCAAGUGUAAUUUAUAUUUACAUUGAACAGACACUGUCAAAUAAGCAUUUGUUAUCCACAACAAACUGGAGUUUAAACAGAUCAUAUUUUCUGACAUCUUCGUUUCUUUCUGUGUAGUUUGAGUCUUUGUUGUAUUAACUUAAAUUUGAAAUUGGAAGAAUCCCUUGGAUUAGAAGAAAGAUUCUUACAUGUUAAUGGGCUCCAUCCUAUGUAAAAGUACUAUAGAGAUCACAAACUCACUUCCUUAACUUCACCGUAAGAUUGAGUUUUUUAAAUUUACGAUGUACAAUUUAAAAAAUGCACACACACAUGGGUAUACAUUUUAAGAUUUUGCCAGGGUCUUAUAAGAAAACAAAAAUUCCUUACUCAGGCUGUAGAAUUUUAUUGUCAUACUUCAAAAAAAAGAUACUGGUGUAUCCAUUUAUAUUAAAUGCACACAGGCACAUUGUGAGUUAAUUCACUGCUUGAGUCUACAUUUCUAACCAUAGUGACUUCAGUAAUAACACCAUAUAAUGAACAUUUCAGCUUGCCCUUACUUACUUAUUUUAGUGUUUAUUGCAAAUCUUAAGGGUUUUAUUUUAAAGAAUUCUUCUUUAGGUUGGUAGCACAUUUUAUACCAAAAAACGUCAAACACUGUGCUGUAAGAAUAUCCACGUUUGUAGAAGUGUUCACUUUUGAGAUAAUAUAAUGCCUACCAUUAUACUAACAGAGUCGUAUGGUAGUUGAUUUAUUUUUUUUAUUUAUUAUGUAUGUUUUUGGUAUUGUUGGUUCUUGAGGCAAUGAUAAAAAUCUGCUAAUGUAUUCUGACAUGAGUGCUCUAAUAGCCUUUUUUUUUUAACUACAUACAGUGUUUUCACUAGGCACAAAUUCUGUCUACAGCAGUCUUGCCUUUUGAACCAUCAGUCUGCUCCUCUUUCCCCGUUUAUCACCUAAACAGCUUUUCCUUAGAAAAGUAGUGACUGGUUUUAAAUGUUAUAUAUUAUGAAAGUAAGCAUUGGAGAACUGUUCUUUAGAUUGAGAUACAGAAACAAUAUAUUUGUGCCUUUUUCGUUUUUUAAUUUUAACCUGUAUCGGUAUUUGGAGCACAAAUAUGAAGGUGCCAUAAUAUUAUGGCUUGCCAUUGUUACCUCCUUGAAUACUCAUGUCAUUGUCUUGAAAUAGUAAUUGAAGAACCUUGCAUGUAUUACGUGGUCAUUUGGGUGUGUGUGUGUGUGAGUGUGUUGUAGACGUACUUAUAUUUGCUUGACCUUUGUGUGUG